AUGGUGAACAAAGGCGAGCGAGUGGACCCAUCGAAGCUCGCUGAGGUUGUCAUUACCGUCAAGGAUGGCAAGUCUGCUCAGUUGGUCGACCUCGGGAUGCCGACCACCACUGCCACCGACGCCGACGACAAGGCCCUUUUCAACAAUGGUCUUUUUGAUGGAGUGCGUCUGCUGGAAUUUGCUGCUCAAAGACGGUUCACCCUUGUUGUCCUAUCUCUCGAUUGUGUAAGGCACACCAACAACUGGUUCUUCGACAAGUUGCCUUUGGACAAGGCGCUCAUUUUCAAUGGGUAUCUGUUCGGGCCAUGGGACAUCGCCAAGUAUAACGAACUCAUGCCAAAUGCUCCAGAGAGGGAUUGCGUUUGUUAG